UUGCGCUAACGUGUUAGUGUAAACAAGGUUUUCUAGCCGACAUCAAUUUGGUGAGCAAUGUGAUAGUCUACUGAAAACAAGUGAUCUUGCCUGUUAUGUCAGUGUUUUUAUUUUGAGACUGGACUUAAAUUAAAUGUAACCUAUGUAUUUUGACGUCAAGUAUUUGAGCCAUGAAGAUAAUAUUCAACAAUAAUAAGAGAGUAAACUAUAGGGCAGGCAAACUGUUUUCUCACCAUCCUAGCCUAUUAUUGUCGACGAGUUAUCUCGAGCGUUGUUGUGCUGUUGCUGUACAUAGAUUCAAAGUAGCCGCUCUAGUAAUUAGGAGUUCGGAUGGAUCGACGUCUGUCUUUCUUGGCCCGGAUAUCUCCAACAGUUAAGAUUCCUAAUAUCAAAUAAAUUGACAUUCCACGUGGGUAGGCUACUAGAGUGCCAAAGCGACUACAACGUCUGACAAUAACUAAAUGUUACUUAACAUUGAAUUGGAUUUCACCGCUUGGGCCCAAAUUGCAUACACUGUAGUGUACCGUCUUUGAAGAGUGGGAUCACACAUUGAGGCGUUCAAAUUGGAUAAAGGACAGCUAAAUUACGUGCAUCUCAUUAUGUCAUUAAUGUGUGCCUAAAUGCGAAUUAGAGGCUAUGUUUGGACAUCUUAAAGCCUAAUUACGCACAGUUGCACUCAUAAUUCGAAAAAAGUAAAAUAAAAUAAUUCUACGAAAAAAGAUAGCAGUCAGAGUGCAGUAUACCAGCAGUCAGGGGGCAGUAUACCAGCAGUCACUGGGUCCAGAAUACCACAGUUGACUGCAGUUAAUGCAUUUUUACUGCAGUUUCAAAACGGCAAUCUUUUUUUUUGGUAAGGAAUACCACUAAACUAACAGAUUACAGACAGAAAUCUAAACUGGAAAAUGUUUUUCACAGUAGGCCAUUCAUUUGAAUUUUUUUACUUCCUCAAGCACAUGCAGAUAUGUGCCAGUGCCAUAUAUCUAUAUCCUAUUCCCUUCCCCCUUCAUUAACAGACCCCCAAUAGUGGAAAUCGGCCCUUAUUUUCAUGCAUACAGAAUUACACUAGACCUUGGAAAAGUUAGUCUUUUCCUAUUUAUGAAGUGACAGCUGGAUAGUUUUUACCACAAGCUAUGCAAAUUGUGUGUCUAAUGCUUUGAUACAAACAAGACUACACAACGUAGCCAGAGGACAAAUCGGGUUGCUCAUGUUUUUCCCCACCUAUUAACAGGCAUGUUCAUUGCUGAGGAGAUACACUGUGAGAUGGAAUAUAUUAGUGAGUGUAGUGAGUGUCAUUCACCAUGGCAAGCUACUGUACUACUAGGGCAUUUCCUCAGCAGCUGAGCAGAGGAUGAACCUGAGGAAAGGCAGCAAGGUGGCAGGGAACUGUGACAGCCUCCGGAUGGAGAGCAAGGCACCUGAGCAGACACAUAACAUGGGGCAGAAGAAUGGAGAGAUCAUGGAAUCUGAAGAGGUGGAGAAUGGCAAGCCUGAACCCAUAGUCCCUGUGGCCAUGGAUGGGCCCAUCACUGCACCUGAUGGGGGUUGGGGCUGGGUGGUGUUGGUGUCCACCAUCCUGGUGCUAGCCCUGACUCUGGCCUUCCCCUCCUGCAUAGGCAUUUUCUACACGGACCUACAGACAGAGUUCCAGGCCAGCAACCAAGAGACUUCCUGGGUGCCUUCUAUAAUGACAUCAGUGCUUCAUGCUGGAGGUCCAUUCUGCAGUGUAAUGGUGGAGAGGUUUGGUUGCCGGACGACGGUGAUGGUGGGUGGGGUCCUGAGUGGUCUUGGAAUGGCGGCCAGCUCAUUUACCCACACCAUCACUGAGCUCUACGUCACAGCUGGGGUUAUUACAGGACUUGGAUUCUGCUUCAGCUUCCAGCCCGCAGUGACUAUUCUCGGGCACUAUUUUGUGCGGCGGCGGGCUUUUGCCAACGCAAUGUCGUCCAUGGGCACUGCCCUGGGCCUGUGCACCCUGCCCCUCCUGGGAAACUACCUCCACACUGAGCUGGGCUGGCGGGGGAGCUUUCUGGUUCUGGGGGCCGUCCUGCUCAACUGCUGUGUGUGUGGAGCUGUGAUGAGGCCUCUGUGGGGCCACAGACAUCGUGGUCAGCCCCUGAUGAACCACGGGCCUCUUCAGCCGGAGGAGGAGAAGCCAAAGGGGAGGAUGAGGGCCUUGUGGGCCGUUCUGAAGGCCGCCUUGCACCAUCACAUGGCCUUUGACCUCUUAUGUAACAACCUGCGUUACCGCAUGUGCGCUGUGGGCAUGACUUGGAUGAUGCUUGGCUUCAUGGUGCCGCUGAUCUACCUUGUGCCCUACGCCACGGCCCACGACAUGGAGCAGAGCCGGGCCGCCCUCCUCCUCUCCAUCCUGGGUAUCGUCAACAUCGUGGUGCGGCUGCCCAUUGGCCUGCUCUUCAGUCUGCCCUGGUUCAAAGGGCGCCACAUCUACGUGUUCUCUGCUGCUCUGCUGAUGAACGGGCUGAGUAAUAGUAUCUGCUGUAUCGAUGCCAGCUUCCCCGUGCUGCUGGUGUACGUGGUGACCUACGGCCUGUCCAUGAGCGUGGUGGGCUCGCUGAUGUUCACCGUCCUCAUGGAUACGUUGGAUAUGAGUCGCUUCCCUGCUGCCCUGGGCCUGCUCGCCAUCAUGGAGAGUGUCACGCUACUGAUCGGUCCCCCGCUCGCAGGAAUCCUGGUGGACAGAACUGGGGAGUAUUUUUACGUCUUCUUCGCCUGCAGUGCGACUGUCGCCUCAUCAGCUGUAUUCCUCAUGGUGUCUUUCUACUGGCUGGACAGAAAGGUGCUAAAGGGGCAGCAGGUCUCCCCACCAAAGCCUGCCAGUGUUAACAAUGUUGUCCCCCAGUGCCAGUACAGCAGUGUGCCCACCAAGGGGGACAAAGACAAGGCCUCAGACUCUGAGACUGGGGAUGUCAGCUGCCUGUGAAAAGCGUCAUUGUCCAAACUCACAGAUGUAUAUUUCCUAUGGUUUUGUGAUUGUAUACCCUGUGCUGCUGAUCUUACAGUACAAGCGUAUGAUAAUUGAUAUGAUAUCCCAAUCUGUUAGGAUCUGACACUCCAAUCAUAGUAUACACACUCUUGCCUCUUGACUGUUAAGAGUAUUGGUAAGUGCAAAUGGGUUGAGUAUUUCAUCCAAUGGGUUCAUGCUAGGAGUGGAUUAUUCAUUGCUAUUACAGUCGGCACUGUUUAUGCAGACUAAUACUGUUAUUGUUGAUCGAACACAGUACUUUUUCACACAUUCCGUAAACCUGUGCCUUUCCCCCUCAUACCCUGUUACACAUUCAUCAAUGUCAUGUUGUUCAAGAAGACAUACCUUAGGAAUCCUUCGCCACCCUUCAACAAGCAAGAUUGUGCAAAAAAACAGAUGUGCCUUGUACAUGCAAUCAAUCAAAAUAAACAUGUAAUAUCUGUAGGCCUAUUAAAUGUCCUAUAUAUAUACUACACCAGAAGAAACCUCAACUGAAUUAUGAGUACUGUAGGCCUACGAGUUUAUUAAGAUGGAUAUUAUUGACUGAGCAUAUCAACGUCAAGUUCUUUAUCCCAAGAAGUCUUCGAUUUUUUUGGGGCCUAAACAUUUGUUUAUGAUACUGUUCAUGUCUUGUUAUGUUCGUUGUGUAACAGAGUUACAGAACGAUCAGUAGCUUACUGGUAUGACUGAGAAUGUCUUGUGAAAAAGUGCAGGAGUUACUAGGACAUGGGUGCUAUUCAUUGUCAAAGACUGAAGCAAGUACUGUAGGUGUUGGAGAUUUGUUACUUCUCAACCUACUCGUUUUUCAGGUAUCGUCAAGAAAAGAUUACUCUAAGGAACAUAGUCACAUACAGUACCAGUCAAAAGUUUGGCCACACCUACUCAUUCCAGGGUUUUUCUUUAU